CUCUAAUGUUGAAGAAGCACAUCACGAAUCAAUACAAUAUGAAACCUAAAACAUUGCCUCUUUUUGAUUAACUUAACUAAGAUGUCUAAGCGACCGCGCCGUGCGGCAGUUAAAAAGCCAAUAAUAGUUGAGUUAUCCGAUUCGGAAGAGGAUUUUGGCGGCAGCAAUGACAAUGAUGACUACAGGCCUACAGAGACCCGAUCUCGUGUUAUAGAUCGUGGAGCAGCAGCUGUAGCAUCUGGCGCUGGAAAAAGAAAACGUUGGAUUGACCAUAAAAGCAAUGCCUGCUCCGAAGAGCCCGCCGCGCCAAAGAAAAAGCGCGCGAAAAAGGACAAAGAGAAUGCGAUUCCCAAUCCAAGCAGCAGCGCGAAUGAGGCAGCCGUGGAACAAUCCGUACCAACUGCCUCAGAAGUGGAUGGAGCUGCACAUAGCUCGGCUCCUGUAGCAACUACCAGUUCAACCACGAAUCGCAGCUCGUUUUGGGAGCGACGCAAAGUGUGGAACGUAUAUGAACUCCUCGCCGAAACGGAGCAUAUUCAGCCAACAGCGGCGCGAAAUAUAGUUCAGUUAUUCGAAAAUGAGAAUACCAUUCCAUUUAUUUGCCGAUAUCGACGUGAUUUGGUGGAUCAUAUAACGCCAGACCGAUUGCGAGACAUUCGAAACACUUACACAGAUAUUGUAGAUCUGCGCAAGAGAGCGGAGAAUAUCGUCACUCAGUUGGAACGUGACAGUGUACUCAAUACGGAUAUACGCGAGGAGCUGAUGUGCGCCAAGACAGCUGAAGAGCUCGAAUUUUUGUAUGCACCAUAUAAACCAGCUAGCAAGGGCACACUGGCGGAGCGCGCCAAGGCACUAGGAUUGCAGGUGUAUGCCGAUGCACUGCUCUACGGAACAGCACCGCAAGUGCAUCUAGUCUCAGCUAUUGAUCCGAAGAACUCCGAUUUGGCCACAGAAGAGCAGGUAAUGGUGGGCAUAUGCAACAUCAUUAUACACAAUAUUAGCAAGAACACAAGUGUACUCGAAGAAUUGAGACGAAUACAAAAUGUACAACGCAUAGUGCUCAAGUGCAGCAAGACCAAAAGCACAACAGCAACAAAAGCAGCAACAGCCAGUAAAUCCGCUGCUGCCUCCAAUGGAAUUGCUGACAAGAAGCUGGACAGUUCCAAAUUUGAGAAUUACUUUAACUUUCAAUCCGAUAUUAAGACAAUUAAACCGCAUCAAACCCUGGCCAUUAAUCGGGGAGAGAAGCACAAGUUUCUCAUCGUCAAAGUGGAGACCAACAAUUACUUGAAAAACGAUCUAAUGCGUUUCAUAUCGGACCAGUAUAUGUCUCAAGGACUGCAGUAUCCACUGCGGAGAGAGGUCUUUAGCCGUGCGUUAGAAGAGUGCUUUACCAAGAAAUUGCAUCCGCUGCUGUGCCGUCAGGUACGCGUUGAACUGAAGGAGAAAGCGACCCGUGCAGCCAUCGAAGUGUUUGGAAAGAAUUUAAAGCAACUCCUGCUGAUGACCCCGCUGAAAGGUGAACGCAUUUUGGGCAUUGAUCCCGGCUUUACAAACGGCUGCAAACUGGCACUAGUGUCUGAAACAGCUGAUGUCCUCGAAACUGGAGUCAUCUAUCCGCAUGGCCGGCACUCCAAUCUGCAAGGCGCCAAACAGAAGCUAGUACAAUUGCUAAGCGCAUACAACUGUAGAGUGAUUGCACUUGGCAAUGGAACCGCCUGUCGUGAGACCGAGAUGUGGUUGACAUCGCUCUUUCAAGCGGGCAUUCUGGACGGUCGCAGUAUUCGCUACAGUAUUGUGAACGAGAAUGGCGCCUCCAUUUACUCAUGCAGCGAUGUGGCCACCAAGGAGUUUCCCAAAAUGGACAUGAACGAGAUAAGCGCAGUUUCCAUUGCCCGUCGUCUAAAUGAUCCGCUCAGUGAGUACGUAAAGAUUGAGCCACGCCACUUGGGUGUGGGCAUGUAUCAGCACGAUGUGAAUGAGAAAAUGUUGACGGAGACUCUGAACGACGUUGUCUCCGAGUGUGUUAGCUAUGUGGGAGUCGAUCUAAACACGGCCAGUCUCAGUGUUUUAAAACACAUUGCCGGCUUGUCGGAGAAGAAAGCGGAGAAAAUCAUUGAGCAUCGCACACAGAAGGGUCCGUUUCAGACGCGCAAGGAUCUGCUGUCUGUGCGAAGCAUAGGAGAGAAAACUUUUGUUCAGUGUGCCGGCUUCGUUCGCAUUGAGCCUCUCAGUGUAGGAGGCAAGCUAAGCAAUCCGCUCGACUGCACCUGGGUACAUCCCGAAAGCUACAAAGUGGCCGAUGCCUGCUAUCGCUGGACUCCAGUUUGGUAUAAAUUUUCUUGUGGCACUGGUAAUCGGUUUGCACAAGCCUAACGCUUUUAUCGCGACGAUCACGUCCCUGGCACCAGCAGGGCAGAUAUGGCUCCAAUGGGUUCUUGUUGCUGCAUCGCUUGCAGGUGCAGUUUUCGGUGCCAGCGCGCUUGAAGCUCUCAAAAUCCAUAUCAGCGCUUAGCAAUUGCAAAUAGUCCUCAAUUGAGUGCUGCUGGGCGGCGUCGAUCAACUGUGCCCAGGUCUUGUACUUGCGUGCCACCUCAAAGAAGUAAUCGUACAGAUCCUGUAUGGUUUGCAGCACCUUUUUCAGGCCCAAUACAAACGGACUCUUCAGUGUCCGAUCCAAUUUGUCCAAACGCGCACGCAGCUCUGGCAUUGCAUUACGGAUACCCAGCACUGAAGCUGCCAGCUCAGCGCUGCAAGGUAAACAGAUUAAAUAUUGAAAAGUUAAGGCGAUACUAUAUAGUGUGUCAUACUUGGAUGUAUUGAUGGCAUUGUGUGCCUUUUGGAACUCGCACAGUGCUUGCUGCUCGGCCAUCUGGCUUAGGUAUUCCGGGUAGAUCUUGAUGCCACAUGCCGAUCCAAUCAGCAGGCGGCGGCGUAUGGCCUGAUCACGCAGUUCUUUGGUCAUCUCAAUUUGCAGCUCCUUGGCUUUCUCAUGCUGACUCUCCAGAUCCCUGAAAAGUGUCUCAAUGAGAAGUAUCUGCUGUUGCACACACUGCUCCAGCCGGAAAUCGCAGCGGCUGUAAGGCGUUUCGCAGUGCUUGAAAGAGGGCACUACGGCAUUUGCUGGAAUGAUCGUUCCACGGCAUGGCGACGGCAACGGAUGGCGCCUGUACCGUUUCGGCGGAUAAUCCCAGCAGGGACCAUAGUGUAAAUCCGCUGUUAUUGCCAUCGGUGACUUCCAGCAUGGCGAAUACGAUUUCUUCUCAUUCUCAUAGUUUGGACUGUCACCGCAGGCGAUGAACUUGAUCUUGGUCGGCUUCUGUGCGGGCGGAUACUGCCAGCGUUCUUCGUAGAGCUUCUUCAGCUCGCUGACCUUCAACUUGGGCGGCAUUGUACAAUGUGUGGAAUUGAUUAUUAAUACUGUUAUAAUUUCGUUGACCUUUUUUCAGCGUUGUACGAGAAUGUGACUUAAAACUCUCGGAUAUUGGCAAGGCUAGCUUU